AUGGCUACCACCGCCCCCCUCAGUGCGAAAAGCAAGCUUGCUGGUCCCGGCGCAUCCUUGAAAAUCACUCCUUCGAACUCUCCGAUCCUCCGACCUGGCACGCGAUCCCCUAGCAAAACCUCCCACCAAUCCUCCUUGUCCCUCCAAACCGUUAUCGGCACAACAACAACCACUCCCAAUGGGUUUUCAAGCCAUGACCAGAGCAGAAGCUUUGCGUUAUGCGCUGGAUCAGCAGCGGUUCUUGCAGAAUUAGACGAGAACGACAACAUAACACAGCGCUUCUUCCGAGCCCGCCCCUCCGCGACAAGCGUCAACCCAUCAACUUCUUUUUACAACCAGUCAACUCCCCCGGCCACCCCAGACCCGAGAUCGCGAUCCCUUUCCCAUUUCCGAUCCAAUCCGCACCUUAAUCUCCACAAUGGAUCUCCGUCGAGCGAAGUUAUCGACAGCGGCAGUCCACGUGGAUGGUCUUCGAGGGAAAGAAUCAAAGCAGUGACGAGUGUUUCGAUCAGCCCGAAUGGAAGGUUCCUUGCAGUGGGAGAGACUGGUUAUAAUCCUCGGGUUUUAAUAUUUUCGACAGCGAGAGAUGCUUUGCCCGAUGUUCCUCUAUCCAUUCUGAACGAACAUACGUUCGGUGUUCGCAGUUUGGCUUUUAGCCCUGACUCCCAGUAUUUGGCAACACUCGGCAAUCCGAACGACGGAUUUCUCUUUAUCUGGACAAUCAACCUCAAGAAUGGGUCGGCCAAGCUACACUCUGCGAAUAAAUGCACCUCGUUUAUCAAGGAUAUGUGCUGGGUCGGCCAAAGCUUGGUCACGACCGGUCUGCGACACGUUAAGGUCUGGCGUCUUCCAACGGUGAUUCGGCCUGUUUCACCAACCAAGUCACGUUUGAAUGCCGAGGGAGCUGGCCCCUCGCCCAAUCCUGCGCCAAAAGCACUUUCCGGCAGGAAUUGUCUAUUAGGCACUUUGGGCGACAACACUUUCACCUGUGUGGGCAGUAUCUCACACAAUGAGGCUGUAAUCGGCACAGACUCAGGUACAGUUUGCUUUCUCGAUGAUCGGGAAGGAUCCCAGAAGAUGAUCACGAUAAAGCAAGUUGGGUUCAGCAUCACCUCCUUGGCCGUGGACUUCGACCAGGAGUCCAUAUGGCUAGGUGGACGAGGAAGGCAAAUGCAGCGGGUGCCAUUUGAAGUUCUACGAUCGUCCGGCUCAUCCACGCCGAUGUCUCCUGCGCGCCUUGACAAGAGUGCGAUUGACAAGAAAAGCAAAUCACCGGCGAUUACUUGCAUGGGGUCUCUUAAUUCCCACCUGGUCACUGUUGAAUCCACCCGCGCGAUUCAUGUCUAUCCGAUCGACACUCUAGGCGAAGAUGGUGAACAGGAGGAGGGCGAGGCUUCCAUGCCGGCUCACCGGGACCCGAUUCUCGGCAUUUGCCGCAUGGAUUUCCCCAAUGACUUGUCUGCGGACUUUUUCACGUGGUCUCGCAAUGGUUCGGUAAACUUUUGGGAUGCCCAAGGGAAGUGUCGAGGAUCGAAAAAUAUCGAUCUCGAUCAAUUUCCAGGAAAAGAAGACGAUGCGGCAAACGAACUCAAAGUUUUGAGGACCGUUGAAAAUGCGGACUGGUUUGUCUCUGGUGACAAGUUUGGUGUAUUGAGAAUCUUUUCGAGCUCCGACUGGACUUGCAUCAACGAGGCGCGCGCCCAUGGUGGAGAGAUCACGGAUGUGGCCAUACAAGGAAUGGACGAUACCUGGUUGAUAGCUAGUUCUGGACGUGAUCGGAUGGUGCAACUCUUCGAGAGACGAGACACCGAGUUGCAGUUGAUUCAAACUAUGGACGAUCACGUCGGAGCUGUUGGAAAAUUGAUGUUCAUCAACGAAGGCGAAAAGCUGCUUUCAUGCUCCGCAGACCGCACCGUUGUUAUAAGAGAUCGUGCGACACGCGAGGUGGACUGUGGCUCAUCUGUUGCCUACCUUAUCUCAAGAGUCAUUACUCAAAAGGCCUCCCCCGUGUCGAUGACACUUUGUCCAGACGACUCGAACAUUCUAUACCUUUCUACCAUGGACCGUUGCGUUUCGAAAUUCGAUAUCCCCUCCGGGCGUCAACUUCACUGUUUCAAGGCAUCUGAUUCGGAGACCGCCGAUGCGGUAGUUUUGGGCUCAUUGACAGUUGCCUCUGAGAUCUCAGGUCAAACCCCGAAGGUUCUUAUAGGUCUUUCAAGCACCGAUAAAUCUAUACGUGUUUAUGAUCUGGAGCGAGACCAGCUCCUCACUGGCGAAUUUGGCCAUACAGAAGGCGUGACCGAUGUGUUGCUUCUGGAGGAGCGUGAUAAAUCCGAUGGGUCCCAAACCAAGCGCACAGUGGUCAGUGCUGGUAUGGAUGGUAUCCUGAUGAUAUGGAAUCUAUCUGUCCAGCAGCAGGUCUCACCAGACCUCAUCGGGAACACACGCGAGGACGACGAAAGCCCCGUGAAAGAAAUGACAGCGGCGAGGCCCCCUCUUCGAAAAGUCCUUUCCCGCAGCGAGCUUGCCGGAUUUCAACGACCAGAUAGCCCCAAUCCUACAACACCAACACCUAUACGCGAGCACUCUCCAACCCUACUCCGCAAGCUGUCUCGACUAUCUCUCGCACCAUCAUCACUAAAAAACCACGCCAUCUCAGAAACACCCUCCCCGUCAAACCGUCUUUCACCAACACCAGGCACACCGCAAGACCGACGCCGCCGGUCCCCAUCUCCAGUAAGCCCCAAAUCAAAAACACCAACACCCCGAAAACCCCACAGCGCAAGAACCACCAACCGCCGUACAUCCCUCGACUUCCGUAACCGCGGCAAAACAACCCCGCGCAGCGAGUUCGGAAGCCUGGACAUGUCCACCGAGCAACUGUGCCGGACUCUCCGAGCGUACCGCAAGAAACUCAACGGCUCGAAUCAACGCAUGCAAGCGCAGAAGGAGCUCGAGCGCGAGCUCAGUCUCACACUCCGCAUUGUGGGUGAUCGUGGACAGAGCAGUGAUGAGAGCGGCGAGACUGAGACGGAUAGUAGCGGUAAGGAUACGGAGCAAGAGCGGAAACAGAGCUACUCGGCCAUCUCCAAGUCGCCUCGUAUUCCUCACCGUUUCGCGGAGUCGUUCCUGCGAUACGAAUGA